AACUUCCCCCAGAUCAGCUGAUCGCAAUAACAAACAAACGCGAAAUUGACUUCUCAUGAACGAAACCAGUGGGAGCGGGAACUCCGCGUCGAAAGUUUGAACUCUACGUACUGAGUAAUAAAGACGUGAUUUUUCAUUUGAUCGGGAUAGACUUAUUGACAACCCUUGGCAGCUACUCAGACGGAUCGAGGUAUCAUCAGAGGGCACCUCAUGGUGUUGACAACACUUUGUUUUGAUUCAAAUUUGGAUAUUUACCAACCUUAUUCAUAAUGACGUCUCUACUGGAAGCCUUAGAACAGAAAUAUGGAGAGAGGGAGAUGACUUUUGGAGAUAUAGACGAUUCGAAAUAUACCGAUAUCGCUAUUUCCAUUUUUGUGCCUUGUCGAUCGCCCAGAGCUUUAGUUCCAUCCCUUCUAGUGUUGAAUGACUGUGAUAUUACCACUGCCGGAGAUAGCGAGGCCUUAGUUGCAAAAUGUUCCUGCGUCGAAGAACUGGAUCUCGCGAAAAACAAACUUCACGAUUGGCCCGAGGUAUUCUGCAUCCUCCAACAGAUGCCGAGACUGAAGUUCGUUAAUCUGAGCUUUAACGAACUCUCCACGCCAAUAAAUAAGAUAGACCUUUACUGGGAGCAACUCCGUAACCUUGUCCUCAAUUCCACAUUUAUCCGGUGGAAAAGCGUUCAAGAGAUACUGGAACACCUGCCGCAGCUCGAAGAACUCCAUCUGAGCCUCAACGACUACAGACACGUCCAUCUAACGGAGGAAGAAGCAGAAUGCAUAUGCCAAUCGGAAGACGUGGGACCGGAAGUCGACGCUACAUGCGCAUGUCCGAAGCUCGAUUACCAGGGGAAACACUCGCACGCCAAACUGCGCAAACUACACUUUACCGGUAAUCCCGUCAGGGAUUGGUGGCAAGCUUGCAAACUUGGAUACGCUUUCCCUAACCUCGAGUCUCUGGUUCUUGCCAACUGUCCAAUAGAUUCGCUCAAAUUUGACGACAAGUGCUCCUGCGAUAAGAACUGCACAUCGGAUGGAAAAGACCUUGAAAACACUCCCCAGGACGCGUUCAAGAAGCUCAAAGUGUUGAAUUUGAAUUGCACCGAUUUGGCCUGUUGGGAUGACGUAGAAACGCUGGCCAAGUUUCCUGCGUUGAAUUGCGUUCGAGUUCAAGGUUGUCCCCUGUGGGAGAGUAAUGAGUAUACGGAGCACGAACGAAGACAGCUCUUCAUUGCACGAUUGCCAAAUGUUGAUACGCUUAAUGGUGGUGGCAAAAUUGGCCAUGACGAAAGAGAAGAUGCUGAAAGAGCGUUCAUAAGAUAUUACAUGGAAAAACCUGAAAGUGAACGACCCGAAAGAUAUUUCGAACUGGUUUCAAUCCAUGGAAAAUUGGAUCCCUUAAUCAACAUAGAUUUGAGACCAGAAAAACGUGUUAAAGUAUUGUUCACUUGUGGAAAUAACAGUGAAAUACGAUCAGUUGACGUCUAUCGCACAGUUAGCGAUCUCAAGCUCAAACUGGAAGCAUUCGCUGGAUUUUCCGCAUCCAAAAUGAGAUUAUAUUAUGUGGAUCAAGAUUUGAGGGAUAUUCAGGGUCCCGAAGAGAUGAAAUACCCUCACAAACAGCUUUACAGUUACAAUAUUUAUUCGGGUGACGAAAUAAUAAUAGAUUAUAAAGGACGAUCAUCUGAAAGGAAUUCUCUCAGCCAGUCGAUAUAACUGUAUAUUUUUAUUUGUUGAGUUCUAUUAACAUUUAUUCCAGUUUUCGUUGAAACUUAAAAUUUAGCUUUGAUGAAAACACAAUUGGCAGUCUGAAAAGUCAAACACUUAUGUUAAAGUUGUUAGUUAUUUCGUUCUAUAGGACAGCUAGGAGUGAUUGAAAACUUCAAAAAGGAGUGAGGUAUAAAAUUUAAAAGUUUAAAUUUGUUAUUCUAUUUCUAGUCAGUGAGUAUGGUGAUACACUUGAAAUUAUUAUCGGAUAUGGAGCAAACAAAUGUUUAAUCCUUAAAUUUUGUUAGAUAUAAAGGAUAAUCCUUUCACUUAAAAUAUAAUUCGAUAGUAGGUUCUUUGGAUAAAAUCAAUAAAUUUUCUUAGAAAUUCCUAAUAAUUUGAACAUAAACUUUGCUUCAAAUGCUUAUAUCAUUGAUAUUUCUUUAAGACAUUUUUUUUUAUCUAAAUUUUAAAUUUCAUGAUAGAGAGAGCCUACUUUCGAAACUGAAUAAAGGAAAAAAACUCCAAAUUCAGAUGAAAAAUUUUUCAAUUUAUCCAUAUUUGUUUUAUGGAAAAUUCUGACCAUGAAAAUUCAAUUGAUUCUGAUCUUCAAAAUCACUUCUUAUUCGAAAGGAAAAAUGUUUCAUGAUUGUAAAGUAUUAAGGUAUCUUUCUCAUUUAAGAGGUCGAAGUAUUAAGAGACCAAUUUAUUUUUAAAAUUCCAGAGCAAUACUCAUUACGAUACUAAAAAUCUUUUAAGCAGCUUCAAAUGUAUUUUAUACUAAUCUUACUAAAAAUUCCACACUAGAUCUUACUGCCAUCCAUACUAUUCCAUAAGUUUAGUACAAUUUAUAGAUUUAGUUUUAAGAAACUUAUUGUUCGAUUUCAAAAUGAUCUUGAAUAAACUAUAUCUUUAUA